CAGAGAAGAUGGAUAAAAUGAUGUUUGGAAAGACACACAGCUUAUUUAUCAGUUGAAAAGAUCAACUUGCCACAUUGGAUUCAAAGUUGUUGUUUUUUUCUAUCUAGUAAUGGAAAAAGACCCAAACUGGAAAAUGGAAUACAGACUGGAGUUAAUGGUGCUUCUUGUUUUGUUGAUAACGGCUUCAUCUAUCGCCCUGAGCAGAAAAGAUACCACAGAAGCCAUGGUUUACUUAAAGAAGUAUGGCUACCUGCACAUCCCACUGGACAGUAAAGUUCAAGAUUAUUCACAUGAGCAAAUAGCGGAAGCUUUAAGAAUGUUUCAGAAAGUGACCAACCUGCAGGUAUCAGGAAAACUGGAUUUAGCCACGCUGGCAAUGAUGAAUAAACCAAGAUGUGGUCUGGAGGAUUCUUUCAAUAACAGGUCUCUCAAAUAUCGAGUCAUGGGUUACUGGCGUAAGAAAAUGCUGACCUACCGCAUUUACAAUUACACUCCUGAUCUGGGUCAGGGAAAGACUCGCGUGGCCAUCCAGAAUGCUUUUAAGUACUGGAGUGAUGUGUCACCUUUAAGGUUCAGAGAGUUGGAUCGAGGGAGAGCAGACAUCAAAAUCUCAUUUCACAGAAAAGAUAAGACGUGUCCAGUACCCUUUGAUGGCCGAGGCCGUGUUUUAGCGCACGCUGAUGCCCCCGAGUCCGGCAUUGUGCACUUCGAUGAGGAUGAACUGUGGACAGAAGGGAAGAGUUCUGGCUCCAACCUGAGGAUUGUGGCAGCUCAUGAGAUCGGUCACGCUCUAGGCCUGGGCCACUCACAGUACUACAAUGCACUGAUGGGACCUGUUUACAAUGGAUACCGCUCUGACUUCAAGCUUCAUCCAGAUGACAUACAAGGGAUCCAAGCUUUAUACGGAAAGCCAGAGAAGACUCCUGAAGCCAGAAAUCCAGGACAGUCAAAGCCAGGAGGAGUUAUUCCAAAUCCUUGCAAAGCCACUGUGGAUGCAGUUAUGUUGGGUCCUUUGCGUAAGACAUACUUUUUCAGUGGGCAGUAUGUGUGGACAGUGUCCAACUCUGACUACAACACUCCCAUCCAGAUUUCCGCACUGUGGAAGGAGCUGCCAGGAAGCCUCAGUGCAGCUGUUCACUCUCAGCGAACUGGCAAAUCCUACUUUCUGAAAGGAGACAAAUUAUGGCGAUACACAGGCUUCAAACUUGACCAGGGCUUCCCCAAACGUUUGUCCAACAUCCCUGCAAAUAUUGACUCUGCUUUUUACUUCAAUAAGAACCAGAAAAUCAUCUUUUUCAAAGGCUCUGGAUACUGGCAAUGGGAUGAAAUUGCUCCAACAGAUUUCAAAUCAUACCCUAAACCAGUUGGACAACUCUUCAAAGGGAUGCCCAGCAACACUGAUGCUGCUCUAAUGUGGACUAAUGGUUAUGUAUACAUAUUUAAAGGCACCGAGUAUUGGCGUGUAAACCAAAACUACCAAGCAGUGGAGAAGACCUACCCUCUCAACACUGCCUUGCGCUGGAUGCAGUGUGACGACUGAGCCACCAGAGGCCACUGGGGACUCAAUGUUAACCUUAUCUGCACAAUGACUUGGUUUAAUAACAGUGAAACAAGCUCACAGUAUGGGUAUUGGUUAUGUGGGUGUGUGCAAUGAUAUUUGCUUCACAGUUCUGUCAUGUUGAGAAUAAAUGUAAUACUAAAGCUUCCACUUACCGAGAUAAAAUCUUUAAUUAAACUAACAAAUAAACUAGUAACUAGUUAAAAUAGUUAUCUUUAAUUAUGCAUACUUCUGCUUCUCUUCCACUUUAACAUUAAAUAAACAGACCAAUCAAACAGGAUAACAAAGGAGAUGACAUUAAUCACAGAACAUGUGAGGAAUACUUCACUGUAGCCUUCUACCUGUGGUUGCAUUUUAUUGGUGCAUGUGUACAUUAUGUCAGUAUAUUAUACGAGUUAUAUCAAAUGUUGUUAGGGUGCCUUUUUUUAAUGUCUGGCCACAAAUGCCAGAUGAAGGAGUCCUGGUAAAAUCUAAACGAAUCAAAUAAAACCAAAACAGAUUUUUGUGAAGCUCACGCUGCUCUUAACAAAGCAGGAGUCUUAAGAAGUCAGAGUAGGUGGAAAGCACCUGUGUAGUUGUGCAUGCAGGGUCUUUGAAGGAUAAGGUCACUUUACCUGAUAAGAAAGUCAACUUCAGACACGUGAACAAGAUCAGCAGGCAGUUUUCAUCACAUGGAGAUCUGUGUUUCCAAAUACCUAACUUCUGUGUUCACUUUUAUUUAGGCACCAGUUUAUUAUAAUUAAUUAAAAUGAAACUAAAAACUACGACCCGAUGUGAACAACUGAAAUAACUGAAAUAAAAAUCAGACUUUGAAUAGGCUGACAGAAAAUGUUAUUGUGCUUUCAAAAAAUUAAGAAUUCAUUUUGCUGCCGUGUGGGAAACAUCAGAACACUUUCUUGUAUAUGUUUUUUUGUCACUGUAAUUUUUCGAUUACACUGUUUGUGUUGUAAUAUCUAUUCUGGACUUCUUAGCACUUGUCCCUGACAAAUACCACCCACAUUAAAAAAAAAAAAGCUGUAUUAAAACUGGACAUUGUCAGACCAUAAAAAGCUCAUUUGUGAAAUGUGCAAACCAGCAGAAACUAGCUGAAGCUACACUAAAAUGGAAACUUAAAUUCAAAAUGAAAGGAAAAUUAAAAGUAACAAAAAAUUUAAAACUGUAUUUACUCAUCAUUCUGUACAAAUAUGUCCAUAAUUUCAUUGUACAUGUACAAGAACAAUAAAGGGCUAUUCUAUUCUA